CUUGGCUGUGCCCAGCAACCUAUGGUUCCAGACUCGGAAGCGAACAGAUCCAGGAGACUGGCGAGCUGCGAGGAUGAUGUGGUGGCGCUCCCAGGUGAGCUUGAGCCUGCGCCAUGUGAGACCGACACUCUCGCCUCACUCCCGCAGGAAGACGCUGCUACAAGCAGCUCUUUCAGGCCUCGUGCGGCCACGGACGGCCCGGCGCCGCGUCGCAUUCGGGAUGUGCGUGCCCGGCGCUCCGUGGCGGUGACGCCAUUUGAGGUCCCACUGCAGCGCGGUUAUGCCCCUGCCGCUCCCAGGAUCAACCCCUCUGCUGUGAC